AUGACAAAAGAAACGAUUCUGCGCAUACAAAGAAGUGAUAGUCUUGGUGACUUUGUCUUGGUUAAAGUUGCUAGGUCAGGCCGCUCAGAGCUUGAUCUAACACUGGUUGCCACAGAGGGGGAAGCUCCGUAUUGGGGUUUAGCCAAAUUUGCUAAUAUCAUUGAUCUAGUGAAAUCGACUCAGAUUGAUAAAUUGCGCGCCAAAAAUUACCAAGGCACUGUCGACGAGUGGGCGGGCAUUCUUGCAUACGCACUUGGGCAGAAACAGCCUGCAUCGGUGCCCGAAGAGCAUAAGGCAGGGUUGGAAAUUGCAGCCACAGUCAAACAAAACGAAGAUGAUGAGAGCGAAAAGGAGAUUGUCGUCACUUUGAGAAAGAGAAUCGAUACAAUUACUCAAAGAUUGGGAACCAUAUCUCUCAAGCAGGAUGAUGAUCAGGCCAUCCAACUUUUUGACUGGACUGGUCUGGCAGUGACGCGGGCGGAUGAACUGGAGGAAGGACUAGCCUCCUUAACUGCUAAAUAUGAUGCAGUAGAAACCACCAUUAACAAGCUGAACUCGCAAUUGCAGGAAUUAAUAAAGGUCAAAUCGGAGCACGAUGACCAGUUGAUUGCUAAAUUCGCCCAGCUGUUAAAUGAGAAGAAGUUGAAAAUUAGGAAUCAGCAACGCCUGCUAGCCUCUGCAAAGAUUGAUCCCGCGACAGUGCAUGAGAUGAGAACUUCUGAUCCCUCAGAAAUUGGGAGUUCAAGGCAACGCGGCAAGCGCAAAGCAGAAGAACCUUCCAUAUCGUCAGAGAGCGAUGAUGGUUUUGACACAAUGGAUAUAGACAAUAUUGGGAAGAAGGGUAAUGCUAGUCGAGAGAAUGAGGAAGAGGGUGAGGGUGACGAGGACAAUUCUACGGAUUCAGAAGGACAGGAAACCCCGGAUCCACUCGAGGAUGAAACUGCUAGCGAAGAUGAAGUAGAAGCGCCGACAAAAGCUCCUAGUCCUCCACCAGCUUUAAAUGGUGGAAAGAGGGCUACACUUUGUAACCUGGUUCUUCUCUUCAUUACUCAUGUCCAUCAUUGGAGGACAUCUCCUAACAUCCCCCUGAUUCAGUUCUUGGGCUCAACCACACUUUCACACUAUGCCUUGGGAUUUAAUUAUGUCAUGCUGGAGGAUGCCCAUAAUGAUUUUGCUAUCAUUCUUCAUUGGCAUAUCGUGGUCCUUCUCCGGAACCUGAAAGUAAAGAAAUUGACGAAAGAAACCAGAGAGUAUGUGAGAGUGAGAGUGAGACAGAGUGAGAGUGAGAAUAUGAUAAGUGAAGAGGUGCAGGGCCUAGAAAACAAUGUAUUCCAAAACAAACACACACACACACACACACAAAAACAAACAACAAACCAACUAAGAAUGGAAUAA